CUGAAAUUAGUGUACAAUACUGUAUACAGUAAUCAAAAUGACCAUGUUGAAGCAGUAGACAUAGAUGCUCCGCGCUCUGUGAGAUUUCUCAUUAUGCACUUAUCCUCCGGCGAGAUUCCCCUCCCACUCCAGCACCCUCAAGCUCGCGGUUAAUAUCUUAACGAAAUGAUUGAGGUCCGCGCAACUUUGCCGCCCAUUGAAUUGAGCGGAAAGGGAACGGUGAUUGGAAGGAUUGAGAAAGGGAGAAGUAGUGGGCAUCGUUCACGAUUGGACUGCUGUAUAAUCUGAUCUUGAGCCACCCAAGGCAUUCCUAGGCUCAGUGCUUCAAAAUUGCUCAUGUCCCAGAAGCGUGGGCAACAUUGGACCCAAGUGUGUCCGAAAUGUCUGAUCCUGACGAAACGGUUCAGAAGAAAUUCCAUUCAGAGCCGGAAGUUUUCGGAACUUUCAUCAGACUAUUGCACCGUACUAAACGAAUGACUUUUGAUACGCAGAAGCUGUACGAGGAGAUUAUCUUACGCGAUCUUGAUUAUGCACUCGAGAAGCGGGUUGAGCAAGAUUUAUGGGUUGUUUGCUUUCGGCAGCAAAUUACGCAUCUGCAAACCCUAUGUCUGGACAAGAAGAACCCGAGGAUCCAGCAACGCACGGCAAUUUUGAAAUGGUAUCUGAGUUCCACCCUCGGAUUCUACGCGCAACUUCUACGCAAACUUUGCGCUGUACAUCAACUCGACUUGAAUCGGCUGAAGGAAUCGAUUCCUCGGAGUGUCUCAUUUUGUGUGCAAUCGUGCCUCGUUCACCUCGGGGAUGUGUGUCGCUACCAGAGCAAGAACGAGCUCGCCGAGCAUUAUUACCAACACGCUGCCGAUAUCUCACCGUCAUCUGGCCAGCCCUUCAACCAACUUGGCUUAUUAUACGCUGCCAAAAGCGACCUUUUGUCCGCCUGUUGUCUCCACGCAAGGAGUCUUUCUGUUCGGUUCCCUUUCCCCGCUGCAGCACAGAACCUUUCGAAAUUGCUUGAGAAGUUUGUUGAAACACCAGAGAACAAGCGAAAUCAUUUGUCCGGCAAUGAAUACAUUGACAAGUUCUUGCGUUUUCAUGCGAUGAUCAGUUCAGUGGAUGAAGAACAACUUGCUUUGCUCGCGGCAACGUUAGCUUCACAAUUGCCUCCCCUCGUGGCCACGGAGAGUUUGUCUGCCGAGAAGCUUUUGCAAAUGAUCACGUUGAACCUUUACGCGUUGCAGAAGUUUAGGGAAGAUGAGUACCAAGCUGUUAUUCAUGGGCAUCUAGCGAUCAUUUUCAUAGCAGCUAUCCUACCGACUUAUACUCUGAAAUCGGAUCGGGAUCCUCGAGAGUAUUUCACUCUGCCUAUCGUUUAUAUCUUGCUGGUGUGGAUGCAUCACAAAACCGAUCGCUUGGACAUUUUUAAGACGCGGCCGCACGUGUGGCCGUCAUUGUGCCAUCUUCUGAAUCGAUUGAAGGAAAAGUGCGGUUUUCGGGAGCCCAAUUUCAGUGUAACGUUGCCCGAGGAAUCGGAUUUACGAGGCUUUCUUCCAUCAGAAGCCGCGUUUGCUCAUUUUCGUGGUUCAAAGCCGAGCAAUGCAUCUUGCGGAUCUCCAGCAUCCAAUGAGGAAAGAGCUGUGAGAAUUUUAGUCCUCGGUGGGAAACUGGCGGAAUUGGAUGCUCAGUUCAUUAAAAAGAACUCUGUCGGGCAUUUCGACGCAUGUAGAGGGGAUGGACCGAAUUUGCUACAAAUAUCUCGGGAACCCUCUCCGACGACGAGCAUUGAAAAUCUUUCCACAUUGAUUGCGUUGCCUGAAGUGAAAACACCUGGGAUUCUGCGCUUGGAUACGUCGAAUAACGAAGGGAAGGAGAAUGAAAGUGUUCCGAAAGCGAAGAAGAUGCAUUCUGCCAAUGCAAAUGUUCCGGGAUUUGCGGGAAAACGGGGUGGUUUUCAUAAUGUUGAACUGCAUACCAUCAUGAAGAAGUCCGGGUUGUUGGAUGCAUCCAAGCCUAUGGAAAAUAACGGGAAGCAGGUGAAGUUUCGGUCACCAUCUCCGGAAGUUUCGAACGAUCACAGAGCAGUGAAUGGUCAUGGUCAAGCGAAUGGACUGAAGAAUGGACCUGAGAUGAAUUCCAAAGGGAAGACCGUUCCUCCUCGUUUAUUAUCGCUGCAGGUCAGCAGUCCAAUAGCCCAGAAUGGAGGUACCAGUUGGAAUGAACCUGCCAUCGGCCUAUGGUCAAAUGUUGAUAAGCAUCGUAUGCCAAGUCAAGCACCUACGAGCAAUUUGGGAAAUUAUCCUCGUCCAGGAUUCGGGCAACAAAUCGCAGCCUCGUUAACAGGACCCCGAAGCAAGGUUCCAACACAGCCGCCGAAUUUCGCCACCAACUCCGCAACCGGUCUCGUUCCUCCGCCGAAGAAUUUCAACAACCCUCCUCCAUCUAUGCAACCCUAUCAAGGAAUUGCGUUCCCGCCGCCAAACACCCACUUCAAUAAUCCCUCGCUUCAGAACGGUCCACUAGCGGCAUUAUUCGCUCAGCGGAACCAAGAUCAACGUCCGAAGCAACCGGAAGCCAUCGGGUCAGGAAGAGUGAAGAAACCAUCUAGCGAGAAUUACGUGCAGAAGGAUUUCCAGGGGUUCCCGCAACGACCCGGGCAGCGGUUCCCGUUUGGACCCGAGAACGGCGUUAGUAAUGGCGAAGAAAAGGCUUUCGAGAGUCUGUUUCAGCGUCCGCCGCCACCGUUGCAUUUCAACAUGCAAGUUCAGGAUGCGGGAGAUUUUUUGAGGUUUCCGCCGCCGCCGAUGGUCGGGGCGGAUGGGAAAGAGUCGGGCUUGAAUGCGAAGCCACAGCCGUUGUUUCCACCUAACGAAAUCACGAGGGACAAACCUUUCCCACCGAGCGGAUUAAACACGUUGUUUGGGAACUUGCAAAUGCCAUCUUACGCCGACAACGGAUAUUCUCUGUUUGGGUUCCCACCGGGAAGCGGAAAGAACAGAGUUCCGCAAGUUCCGGUCGGAAGCAGUGCCGUUGGCAGUAAUUUGAAACGCGGCGGGGAUGAAAUGCAGCCAGCUUGGAAUUCUUUGAACGGCAUUGGAAACGGCCUGUUCCCUGUUCCUCCUCCUCCACCUACAUCAAUCUGGGGUGGAAUUUCGCCGCUGGAGAAACUUCUGGAGUCGUCCCGAAACAGCGGAGGAGGAAAUAAGUUUAUGGGCUUCGGACAAAACCACCAAGACAACGGGCAGCCGCCCUGAAGAAAUCCGACUUUGGACCCCGUCAUUGAGACGGACGCGGUUGUUUCCAAUCUUGAAGAACGAGAAAGAAAAAGGAGAGUGGGAGAGCAACGUUGCGCAAAUGGGGCUUGAUUUAAAAAGGAAAAGAGAAUUAGCCGUGAAGCCGUUUGAAAAAUUUAGACAGUUUUGCGGCGGAAUUGAGCUGCCGAGAAAGAAAAUUUUCUUCUUAUUGCAUGUAGGGACUUGGCUGGUGUCGGAAAACGAAUAGCUCUCGAUAACUUCCUUUUUUUUCCUUGGGAGAAAUCUCUUUGAGAUAUGUUCGAUUUCUCCGGAUUCUUUUUUUUUUCGGUGGCUAAGGACCCUGACGUACUUUCCGCAGCAGUCAGUUCGUGAGUUCGGGCCAGUUGGUUUGACGGAUUUUGCACCAAGUUUUUGACCAUCUGGGGACUUCGUGUGAACUGCUGGAGUUGCCUGAUUUCCCAGUUUUCGAUUCCGUUUCCCGAAGCGAAAGAAAUGAGGCAUUCUCUGCGAA